GCCGUCCCGCCCGCCGCCGCUCCGGUCCGUCCCUGCCCGCCUGUGCCGUCCCGCCCGCCGCCGCUCCGGUCCGUCCCUGCCCGCCUGUGCUGUCCCGCCCGCCGCCGCUCCGGAGUGUGGGGUGGCCGCUGUGCGCCCGGCGGUGGCGGAGCGGGAACCCCGCGGGAGGAGGCGGCGCGGUGAGUAAGGAGCCGGCGGGCCCGCGCAGGGUAGGGGUGUUGCUGCCCUCCCUCGCGGAGGCAGCGAUGGAGGCGGCAGCCUUAAAACUGCUCCCGCUGGACCCGGGRGAUGAGGGCACCCAGCGGUGCCGGUUGGGACCUGCCGCUCUCUCCUUCCUGGGAGCCAGGAUCGGCGCCCCGCUSAGGAUCUCCCUGCCCGGCGGGUGCUGCCUGUGCACGGCGUGGCCCCGGCGCGAUCUGGCGGACGGGUACCUGCAGGCCGACCUGACCUGCAGCACGGCGGGGCUGAGGGCGCGGGAGCUGCGCGGGAUCUCGCUCAGCAUGGGCCAGCUGCAGCUGCUGCCGCACCGACAGCUGCGAAGAGCGACUGUCAGAGUGGUCCUCAAGAGCGCCGCGCUGAAAAAGUCGACUCCCAGAGCGGUGUUGCAGGAGACAAUCAGAGAACUGCUAAGAAAUGUGUAUGUUUCACUUCGKUUUGUUGUUGCUGUUGCCCCAAGUCCCGAAAAUCCUGUGGURUAUAUUGAAAUGCUGUCUGCAGACGCUUCGGAGGAGGAAGCUGGMUUGAUAACUCCCCAAACAAGCUUAAAAAUUAAGGAGGUGAUCACUUUAGAAUGGUACAGAUAUCAUCUGUCAGAAGACACUGCAAAAACUUCAGUUGCAGGACUAGAUGAUGUGGGGAAGUCUUUGAAAGAGAUUAUUGAUCUGCCUUUCCGCUUUCCAAAAACUYUGAAGAAGCUGGGGCUGUCUGUCCCUAAUGGAGUGCUAUUAAUUGGGCCCCCAGGUGUAGGGAAAACUCUUAUGGUAAAGGCAGUAGCAAAAGAGCUGGGGGCAUAUCUGUUUGACAUCAGUGGCCCAGCUCUCCAUGGUUCAAGACCAGGAGAAGGUGAAGAGAAUUUGCGAAGAGUCUUUGAAAAGGGCAGAGRGAUGUCAAAGGAGGGCCCAACCAUUCUCUUUUUUGAUGAGAUUGAUUCUUUAUGCCCAAAGCGAGGAAAUUCAAACAAUGUUCCUGAAGAUCGAAUUGUUGCUCAGUUGCUGACGCUGCUGGAUGGUGUAGGGAGUGAGGGUAAGAUGGUCAUUGUGGCAGCAACAAACAGGCCUGAUGCCUUAGACCCUGCACUGAGAAGACCUGGCAGAUUUGACAGAGAGAUUAUUAUUGGGACCCCAACAGUUACACAGAGAAGAUCCAUCCUGGAGUUGCUUACAUCGAAUAUGCCCAUUUGUGCAGAGGUUGAUUUGGCUAAGCUGGCAGAAAUGACGACUGGGUAUGUUGGAGCUGACCUUACAGCACUCUGCCGAGAAGCUGCAAUGCAGGCUGUGUCCCACAGCGCUUUGGAUUCAACUGAAACAGAAGCCAAAAUUAACAUGGGAGAUUUCCAAGAAGCUUUUAARAAAGUUCAACCAUCCUCUUUUCGAAGUGCAGUUGGACUAACAGAGUGUAAACCUGUGACUUGGGAGCAAAUUGGUGGUCUUGAAGAUGUGAAAUUAAAGUUAAAGCAGAGUAUUGAGUGGCCUAUGAAAUUUCCUGAGGCGUUUGCCAGGAUGGGCCUGUCUCAUCCCAAGGGAAUUCUUCUGUAUGGGCCAUCUGGGUGUGCCAAAACCACUCUGGUGAAGGCUGUGGCCACGAGUUGUCAYUGUUCCUUUCUGUCUGUCAGUGGUGCUGACCUGUUCUCACCUUACAUUGGAGAUUCAGAGAAGAUUUUGUCUCAGGUUUUUCGCCAAGCAAGAGCAAAUACUCCAGCAAUAAUAUUCCUGGAUGAGAUUGAUUCWAUCUUGGGAUCUCGGGCACAUGGCAGAACUGGCCAUGGUGUCUCAGARCGGGUUCUUUCUGUUCUUCUCAAUGAAUUGGAUGGGGUUGGGCUGAAAGUUACAGAAAGAAGAGGAGGCAAGCUACAGUUUGAGGCUCAGUGCCAAGAACAAAGUGACRAGGAAAGAAAGCUAGAGUUCCAGGAAACUUUGAACAAAGAUUUCAUGGUAGUUGCUGCAACAAAUAGACCAGAUAUGYUGGAUGAGGCCUUGCUCCGUCCUGGAAGGCUGGACAAGAUGAUCUAUAUUCCACCUCCAGAUCUGAAGGGAAGACUYUCCAUUUUGAAAAUCUGCACCAAAAAAAUUCCAUUAGAUACUGAUGUGUCAUUACAAGAUGUGGCAGUCCUAACAGACCUCUUCUCUGGAGCUGAUAUUGAAAAUCUGUGCAAGGAGGCUGGUUUGUUGGCAUUACAAGAGAAUGGACUUGAAGCAACUGCUGUAAAGCAGGAACAUUUUGUGAAAUCGUUGAAGACUGUUAAACCAUCUUUAAACAUAAAAGACUUGGAAUUUUAUGAAAAAUUCUCCAAACAGGAAUUAGCCUCUUGAAUCUAAAAAGGCGUGGUAUAGGUAUUUUUAAAUACAUUACAAAGACUUUGAAAAAGUUUGCCUCUUUCCUGCUUUUUAAUACUGUACUUCCUGUAGUUUUCAGGAYGUGUGAAAUACAGUAAAGUUUCUCAUGUGAAAAGUUCUGUAAUUUCAAUAAUGAAUAAUAAAGUCUUGUUUSCUUUGGGUAGGUUUAUGUCUGAUCAAACGAGUAAUUUGAGGUACUUAGAUAAAACUCUGUGGAACAGCUUAGUGUUACUGUAGAUUUUCUACUUUACAAACACUGGUAUAAUAAGAAAAUUUAAAAUGUGUUGUGAAGUCUCCGAAGGACAGUGAAAGUUUAAAAAAUAGAAAAGCUUUCAGGAAGUUAAAUAGGAAAAAGUAAGUCCUGUUCUAUAUAAAAUGUAAGAUGUUUUAUAUGUGCACCUGUCUACAGGCUUACUUUCUUACAAGUAGAUUUCAAAAUAUAGUGUCAUUGAAAAGGUCAAUGUUUAAUACUUUGUUGAAGGUUUGGAAGUUGGAGGUUUGAGGAGUAAUUUUAGAUCAGUUACUGCUUACUGUACAAACAUUGAUUGAGUAAGCAGAUAACAAGUAUGUAGUCAACUCAAACUAUCAUAAUUUCUUCUUUAGGAAAGGGAGUUUGCUUUAUGAAAAGUUCUGCAGAAUUAUUUUCCCCACCCAACCAUUCUUUGUCAACACAUUUUUGUAGGUUGCCUUCUAAAAUACACAGAUACAUCCAAAGAAAUUGGUAUUACCUAUAUGUAAGUGCAUUACUAGAGUGGCAAAGUUUUUAUUAUGUUUUACUGUCUUUUCCCAGUGAAAAUGCUUUGUGAACAAAAUACACCGCGAGAUUCAUAAA